CGCUGUCUUCAGACUUUUCACUGGGGGACGUGUUUGCGGUUGCACGCCUUGAGCUAUGCGAUCCGGACAGCCAAUUGGACCCCUCAUCUGCUCUGUGUACGUCGAUGCCAUUGGCUCCCCCGCAUAGCCGUUGUUGACGAUUUGUUGCGCGAAGCUGUCGCAUCGUUCCCAGGACCCGGCUUCGAAAGUGCACCUGAGAACAAGUUGUUCCUAGAUCGCGACUGUAAACAACUCAUUCACGUCGCCAUCACUAGCUCCGACAUUGCUCUCCAAUGAGGUGGUCAGGUGCACUGCUGAUUGGCUGAUCUAAACGUCGAACCUCUGUUGCUUCCUCCUCCAGCUCCUCCUCCCGCCUCGUGUCGCAGUCCAUCCACCGUCCCCGCCAAUUCCGCCCGUUCCGCGCAACGUUGCCUGCCGCAUGAACUAUCCUCCCCACACUGAGCUCCCACUGGGCGGCACAAGCUGACCUGGUCGCUCAGCAUGUCCAAGGACUCCAAGGAUCGCCGACGGCGAAGCUUCUUCGCUCGCACCCCGCUCAGCGCGCUCACCGCGAUCCACAAUAACAAAGACGACCAGGAGCCUGCGAACCUACUGCGGAAGCGGCGGACCACAUCACUCAUAACGAAUCUCUCCGCCUCGGUCCAGCGCAGCGACGAUGACCUCUUCGACAACAGCGCUGGCGGGCACAGUCUGGCAUCUCCGGCCAUUCCACCGUUGUCGCGCGGAAGUGGAAACCGCUCAUCGAGCUCGGUAUUUGGAUCGCUGAGAGGUCUUCGUCUCCCGGAUGAAAGCGACGAGCCACAAUCCGCCAUGUCGACGCGAACCGUCUCCGGCAGCCGGGCUGCGAGCGACGACACGCUGCGCAAUCGCCAUGUGCUCCACCACGGCGAGGUCCAAACGAGCAGUACUGUGUUCAGGAAAAAGAAGGAGUACCUGGUGCUUACCGAGACGCAUCUGAUCAGGUUCAAGAGCCACCAGAAGGCCACCGAGACCUUCGGUGUAAUCCCUGGCCCCUACUCCCGCUCGUCUACUGUCCGCCACAGCCAAAAUCCUUCGACCGGGUCUUCCCACGAGCUGCAAUCCCUCGCGUCCGACGCUUCUGGUGACCGUGAUCUUGGAACCCCCCUCCGCCAGAUAGUAGCCGUAUACCAACUGGAGGACAGGCCAUAUUUUGGUUUCGAAGUCUCAUAUCUGGAUGACGAACUCAACCAUUCCUCGUCAAUGACGCUACAAUUUGGAGACCCGGAUGAUAUGCAUAUCUGGCUCGCUGAAAUUCGAGCCGCAGCCAAUCGCGCCCGCCUUAGCGACUCCAACCCACUGUCCGCUUACAAUUCCCACCUUGCUGCUAGAGUAGUUGAAGCAGAGCGGGACUACGUUCCUUCAAGCUAUGCCAUCUACAAGGUCGUCCAGCGUCCAUCCAGCAAAGUGGGCUCACGGGCGUCUUCGGAUGACUUGUCUAAAGUGCUAGCGUCAGUCUGUUUUCUCGCGAUUGGCGUCCAUAAAGUUCACCUGAUUCCUUUAUUCAAACCGCCCUCUCAGCGAUCAUCCAGUCCCCAAUUGUUGUCCCAAAACUCGCAAUCUUCGUAUGGGAUUCUGAAUAUUACCGAGUUGCGGGUCAGUGAAAAUGACGAUACCUUCGAACUGACAUUUCGCAUGCCUCUCCAGCGGCCGAAAGUUAUCCACCUAGCGUCACUCGCUUCGCACGACAUCGCUGUUCGUCUUCGUUACGUUGAAGAGGAGCUAAGGCCAGAGUGGGAAUCUCGGCCGUAUCAAUUCACUGUCCCUGAUGAUGUGAAGCGUGACAUCCUGACACAUGCGAGCCCUCGCCCAAUUGACCAUGAGACUCUGGACCGUACUCUAGUCGGCUACUGCAUCGCCUACGACGUAAAACCCCAAAACAUUCGUUACCAGGUUACAUACCCCCCUGAGGAUUAUCCACGUUUCGAACUUCUGCGUCCAGAAGGUCUUCGAAGGAGCCAAUACAAUACCCUCGAGCUACUUGCAGUCAUGCGGUCUCUACGCUACAACGAGAGUUUUGGUGGUAUCUCUUUCAGGGAUGUUCAUUUGGACGUUCUCAACGGUCUCUGUGAUGAGUACGGGCUUGAGCACGUUUGCACUAAAACGAAGCGAGGAACCUCUGUUCGCAUGGAUGUGGAGGAGCUCGGCCGUUCAUGUCUCCUUGUGCAAGAGAUCCGGGCAUUGGCUGUCACUAGUCGUAGGCUUAGGAGGCUCGAUUUUACCUCCUGCAUAACUAGAAGACCCAGAGACCACAUGGAAUCAUCAAGCAAAGCUAGGGACAUAGGGUGCGGCAUUGUCGAGGCCUUGUUUCCCCUCUGCAAAUAUCAGACUACUAAUGUUGAUUGGAUUGCGCUGAACAACAUCCACUUAGGUGAAACGGAUUUGGAUUACUUGGUUGCUGCGGCCGUUGAGAAAGCUUGCCACUUCCGUGCUCUUGAACUUAGUGGAUGUGGCCUUACAGAUCGAACGCUAUCUCUAAUCCUUGACUCUCUCAGACCUCAAGAAAAUACCAUGGAAGCCAUUGAUAUAUCCUCGAAUCCAGUUCGCCUUUCUCCCACGACCUUCGACUCGCAGAUUGGUGUCUUUGGGUACCUUACUAAGCUCAACCUGUCGCACGUCGCAAGAACUUCAGGACCCGAGCCACUGAUGACGAUCGAGACUUUCCAAGCGUGGAAGCUGCAAGAGCUAAUCUUAAGUGGAACAUCAUUAAAUUCUGCCAUGGUCGAUACGAUAGCCAGUUAUCUAAUCAACUACAAGCAGUCAUCGGCUCUACGCGAACUAAAGCUGGACCAUUGCUACCUCACCGGAAAAGACGUGGCCUAUCUGCUCCACUCGAUGACCGAGAAGCCAGGAAAAGCUCGAGAACUGCACCUUGAUGUUAGCGAAAACUACAUAGAGCAGGAUCUUGAUGAUUUAACGAAUGCCAUUGCGAGUGGAAUGGCCCCAACUAGUCUCACAAUCCGACUGAUCGAGUUCGAAAGGGAAGCUGAUUUCAGCAAAAUGGUCUUAGCACUGGCUGCCAAUAACACUGUUCGACAACUAGAUAUUUCUCGGGCAUCGCUCCCAUGUGAUGCCUCGGAGGCGACAUGCCAAGCUCUGGAGAAGAUGUUUGCUGAGAACACUGUGCUCGAGUGGCUCGACAUAUCUGGUGAAGAUUCACGCCUAGAAACGACCAAAUUGGGCGUGGGUAUCAACAAGGCUUUGAGGGGCCUCCAGAGGAACCGCACUUUACGAGUUUUGUUCAUCAAAUAUCAAAAACUUGGACUGCAGGGUGCGAGCACCCUAGCGGACGUGCUAAAAGUCAACACAACGCUUGAACAGUUGUAUUGCGAGAACAACGGUAUUGCAUUAGGGGGCUUUACCGAUCUCGUUAAUGCCCUACACCGAAACACAACAUUACUGUAUCUUCCAACAAUGCAGGAAAGCCGACAAAUGGCUCUCAAGCAGACAGAGGAUCAAGUCAAACAAAUGCGGGAUGAUUCGGCUAUGCACACCCAGACGCGAUCUGCAUCUGUCCGGAGCAAGAUCGCAAGUAGGGUGUCUGGCAAGGCACCAAAAGAGAAAAGCCACUCUAUGCUCUUAUCCGAUCAGGAUAUCAAGGCUGCCCUGGGUCUUGUCGAUGAGAGCUGGGCACGACAGGAAUACCGCCUGCAGCAGUACCUGCAGCGGAACUUUAAUAUUGCCAACGGUAUUCCAACUGCCAUGGAUGUGGAUGACGAGGAGUUUGAGAGGCCGGACACGGCGACAAGUCUGACGAAGAUUGUCGAGAAGGUCAAGUUCGAAAGCACACCUACGGUGGAAAAAGAAGCCCAGCUUGGGGACAUAACGGAAGAUGAGCGUAAAGACACAGUCACACCCCUGGAGAAAGACAUCGAGAUGUCGUUCUCGGAGAAUCGAGACGCUUGGGACCGGCGUCGGAUGCAGUCACACGUGUAAUGGGUAAUGCAAACCUUUAUCGGAAUACCAGUAUACAGUAUACCAGUCUCUUUCCUGGUUUAGCGAUUUUCGCGGUUCUUGUUUGGAUAUAGACGGAUAGCUCAUUCGCAUUUACAUGGGGGCUGGCGGGAUUUCCUCUCCUUUCUGUACAUUGUAAGAUCUACGUCAGCUAAACCCGAACAGGGUGGUCAUGGCACUGCAUCUGGGGGCGGAUAAGGAUCUAAGGCGUUUUCUUCCAGGCACGCAACGAUUGCAUGGGAAGUUGACAUGCUUCCUGGCUGGUUGUUCAUUGUGCAUAGCGGGAGGCUAGUUGUGUAGUUGGCUUCUCUUUCAUGGUGAUACCUUCAUAGAGC